AACAACUUUGGCCAUGAAGGUCUUGGACUCUUACUGGAUGUGCUGGAAAAGCUUCUGGACAAGAAACAGCAAGAAAAUAUUGACAAGAAGAAUCAGCAUAAACUUAUUCAGUGCCUCAAAGCAUUUAUGAAUAAUAAGUUUGGAUUGCAAAGGAUUCUAGGAGAUGAAAGAAGUCUUUUACUAUUGGCAAGAGCUAUUGACCCCAAACAACCCAACAUGAUGACUGAAAUAGUAAAAAUACUUUCUGCUAUUUGCAUUGUCGGAGAAGAUAACAUUCUAGAGAAACUUUUAGGGGCUAUAACUACAGCAGCAGAAAGAUAUAACAGAGAACGAUUUUCACCAAUUGUGGAAGGGUUAGAAAAUCAUGAAGCUUUGCAAUUACAGGUGGCUUGCAUGCAGUUUAUAAAUGCCCUUGUCACUUUUCCUUAUGAGCUUGAUUUUCGAAUACAUUUAAGGAAUGAGUUCCUCCGUUCUGGACUAAAGACAAUAUUACCAGAUCUGAAAGAAAAAGAGAAUGAUGAGCUUGAUAUUCAGUUGAGAGUAUUCGAUGAAAACAAAGAGGACGACCUAACUGAGUUAUCACAUCGUCUCAACGACAUUCGAGCAGAAAUGGAUGAUAUGAAUGAAGUAUACCAUCUUCUGUAUAAUUUGUUGAAGGACACAGCUGCUGAGAAUUACUUAUUAUCCAUUCUACAACAUUUUUUGCUUAUCAGAAAUGAUUAUUAUAUCAGGCCACAGUAUUACAAAAUAAUUGAGGAGUGUGUUUCACAGAUAGUGCUGCACUGCAGUGGUAUGGACCCAGAUUUCAAGUAUAGACAAAGAUUAGACAUUGACUUAACUCAUCUGAUAGAUUCUUGUGUGAACAAGGCAAAAGUUGAAGAAAGUGAACAAAAAGCUGCGGAAUUUUCAAAGAAGUUUGAUGAAGAAUUCACAGCUCGGCAGGAAGCACAAGCUGAGCUUCAGAAAAGAGAAGAAAAAAUCAAGGAGCUUGAAACAGAAAUCCAGCAACUUCGAACCCAGGGACAUGGAGUCUCAGGUGCAUCAGGAAUUCCAGGCCCUCCUCCACCACCUCCACUGCCAGGCGGUGGGCCUCCCCCCCCUCCACCUCCACCUCUACCCGUUGGAGUCCCCCCUCCUCCUCCUCCUUUGCCAGGAGGUAUACCACCACCACCACCACCACCUUUGUUUGGGGGACCUCCUCCACCACCUCCCCUUGGAGGAAUUCCUCCUCCCCCAGGAGCACCAAUUGAUCUGCCUUAUGGAAUGAAGCAGAAAAAAAUAUAUAAACCAGAGGUGUCCAUGAAGAGAAUCAAUUGGUCAAAGAUUGAACCCAAAGAAUUAUCUGAGAACUGUUUCUGGUUAAAGGUUAAGGAGGACAAGUUUGAAAAUCCAGAUCUCUUUGCAAAAUUGGCACUGAAUUUUGCUACCCAGAUGAAAGUUCAAAAGAAUGCAGAAGCUUUGGAGGAGAAGCCCCAACCUACCAAGAAGAGGGUGAAAGAGCUGAGAGUUUUGGAUCCCAAAACGGCCCAGAAUCUGUCUAUCUUCCUUGGAUCAUAUCGUAUGCCAUACGAAGAUAUAAAAAACAUUAUUUUGGAGGUCAAUGAAGACUUGUUGACUGAAGCCUUAAUUCAGAACCUUGUUAAAUAUCUUCCAGAGCAGAAGGUUCUCAAUGAAUUAGCGCAGCUGAAGAAUGAGUAUGAUGACCUUUGUGAGCCUGAACAAUUUGGAGCUGUGAUUAGCUCAGUGAAAAUGUUGCGGCCUCGUCUCAAUAGCAUUCUUUUCAAGCUCACUUUUGAAGAACAUGUAAACAACAUCAAACCAAGCAUCAUAGCAGUAACUCUUGCUUGUGAAGAACUGAAGAAAAGUGAAAGCUUUAACAGACUUUUAGAGUUAGUUCUUUUGGUUGGAAACUACAUGAACUCAGGCUCAAGAAAUGCCCAGUCCUUGGGUUUUAAGAUCAACUUCCUUUGUAAGAUAAGAGAUACUAAAUCAUCAGAUCAAAAAACAACCCUCUUGCAUUUUAUUGCUGAAAUUUGUGAAGAAAAAUACCGGGAUAUCCUGAAAUUUCCUGAAGAACUGGAACAUAUAGAAAGUGCAAGCAAAGUUUCAGCUCAAAUUCUCAAGAGCAACCUUGCAGCAAUGGAACAACAGAUUGUUAAUCUGGAACGUGACAUCAAGAAAUUCCCCCAAACAGAAGAUCAACAUGAUAAAUUCGUGGAAAAGAUGACUAGCUUUACAAAGAUCGCCAGAGAGCAGUAUGACAAACUGUCCACCAUGCACAGCAACAUGGUCAAGCUCUAUGAGAAUCUUGGAGACUACUUUAUUUUUGACUCUAAGACAGUGAGCAUAGAAGAGUUUUUUGGUGAUCUCAACAACUUCCGAACUUUGUUUCUGGAAGCAGUAAAAGAAAAUAACAAGAGAAAAGAAAUGGAAGAGAAGACUAGGAGGGCAAAGCUUGCAAAAGAGAAAGCCGAACAAGAAAAGCUGGAACGCCAGAAGAAAAAGAAACAGCUCAUUGAUAUAAACAAAGAGGGUGAUGAGACUGGUGUGAUGGAUAAUCUUCUAGAAGCCCUACAAUCAGGUGCAGCAUUCCGAGACCGCAGGAAGCGGAUUCCCAGGAAUCCAGGUAAGACCCCUUCAAGCUCACUGGGAUUGUCAAAUAUAAAUGUUCAGAGCCAAGGACGCUCCCCCCACAAAAAAAAAUAACAACAACAAACAACAAACAGAAAAACUUGGCCCCAGAAGAUGAUUUUUAACACUUGAUCUCAGUUCUUCAAGUGUGAAGUCUCAGCAGGUUUCUCCAUCUCCAUGAUUGCAAGUUUCAACCUGGUAAAAGUAUCUUCAAAUAACUGUAGACUUUGCAAAAAAACAUUCUGAAACAAGA